AUGAAGUUUGGACAAGACUACCAAGCCGCGCUUCAGCGCGAAGAAUUUCCUCAGGAUUGGGUCGAGUCCGCCAUCUCUUACAAGAAGCUUAAGAAAUGCAUCAAGCGCGUGCAGCAGGAACUCAAUGGUCUUGGGUUGGAUCAGGAUACGCUUAAUGCUCUGUGGCAACAUGUGAGCACGGGAACGGAGGCGCUGUCGGAUGACAAUGUCGCGAGUCGGAUGCUGCAUUAUACGUUUGAUGGGAAUGACAAGGUCAGGUUCGUACCGAAGUUGACUAUCGCGUUGGAUCCCAGGGAUGGCUCGCCGAUGGAUGCAUGGUUGAGUCCGAGCACGAGGCGACAUCUGCGGCGUUUGUCGAGGAAUUCGAAGCCACUGGUUGACGUUGAGGAAGUUUCGCCUUCUGCUCCGAACGGGGGCGAUGCCGAUAAUUCAGAGACCGACGCAACUGAAGCGACAGACACGACGGAAGCAUCUGAGGAACAGCAGCAUUCAGAGAUCGAGACAGUAGAGAUACCCUUGACCUCUGACUCGGAAUUCUUUCAGAUCUUGAGACGAGAGUUGCGAAGUCUCGACGGACUCCAGCACAAGGAGCAGCAAACCAUCAGUGACGAUAUAUCGCGCCUCGCUCAUCAGCUGCAAGAUCUCAAGGCGUCCAAGAAGAAGCGGUCCAAGCAAGACAUAGAGCAAUGGCGCAGACUCUUUGAGCUCUAUGCCGAAUCGGAGGUCUUCCGGUCCUCGCACGAAGCCGACGCAGGUGCACGCGAUGUUGAACAUGCCCAGAAGCAAUUGCAGCUCUUCACAAAGUCAGUCCAAGAGCAAAGAGUGAAGGGUGCGCUUGUGUCGAAGGAAAGCAACGAAGCCAUGGACCGUUUCCUCAAGAUCAACAUCGACCUCCUGCGGCUCAUGCGCUUCCAAGAAAUGAACCGCAUCGCGCUAUCGAAAAUUCUGAAGAAGUUCGACAAGCGGACAGCUCUGCAUGCUCGGGCCGCGAUCCCAGAAUCGCUCAGAAGUGGUGCUGCGGUCAGCCAGGACUUGGCACGAGGCACAUGUUACACCAUCGCCAACGAGCUGAUGAGCGUGAUACCCCAGGUCAACGACUACCUGUGCCCGGUCUGUUUCAGUAUUACCUACAAGCCUGUGCGACUGGCUUGCAACCAUGUGUUCUGCAUAAGGUGUCUUAUCAUCAUGCAGCGGGAAGAGCAGAGUCACUGCCCGAUGUGUCGAGCAGACGUUGUGCUGAAGGCGGAUAGUGACAACGUUGAUCAGAAACUAAUGGCGUUUCUCGAAAAGAACUUCAAAGCGGAGGUCAAAGAAAAGCAGAAGGCCAACGAGAUCGCUGCGGCUAUCGACAGGUUCGGGGAGCCGUACAUGGAGCCCCUGAAGUGUUCAGUAAUGUAA